AUGAAUAUUCAUGAAGCGAGUUCUAAUGAUAGAGAAGAGGAUAAAUUAGAAAAAUAUCUCUUGACAUGUAAUGAUAUUUAUUUCGGACUCUCAUCAAAAGAAGUGAGAAAGCUGGCAUAUCAAUAUGCUGUUGCUAUUAAAGCAAAAUUUCCUGAAACCUGGACAAAGAAUAUGAUGGCUGGACCAGAUUGGUUUAGUAAAUUUAUAAAGCGAAAUGAGGAACUAAGUAUAAGAACGCCUGAAGCAACAAGUUUAGCUCGUGCUACAAGUUUUAAUCGCACCAACCCAUGUGAUAAAUGGAAUAUGGAUGAGACUGGCGUGUUCACAGUACAAAAACCAAAUAGAGUAGUGGCAAGGCGUGUCAUUAAACAAAUUGGACGUUUAACGUCUGCAGAAAGAGGACAACUGGUUACAUUAGCUUGUACUGUAUUAGCCACUGGCAAUUCUGUUACACCAUUUUUUGUGUUUCCUAGAGUUCACUUCAAGGAUCAUUUUAUCCACAACGGCCCUGAAAAUGGAAUUAUUAUGUUGUCAUUUCCACCGCACUGCUCUUAUAAGAUGCAGCCAUUAGAUGUCAGUGUUUACGAUCCAUUAAAGAAAUUUUUAAGUACUGCUCAGGAUUCAUGGAUAUUAAAUCAGCCAGGCAAAACUAUUAGCAUCUAUGAUAUACCUAGUAUUGUUAGAAACGUUUUGCCCUUGGCCUUAACACCUUCAAAUAUUAUGGCAGGUUUCAGAAAGCCAGGUAUUUAUCCAUUAAAUCCAAAUGCAUUUACUGACAUGGAUUUUGCUCCAUCAUAUGUGACAGAUAGAGUUGAAGCACCUCAACAUGAGAACAUAGUUGCGGAACAAAAUACAAUAGAUUAUUCAACAGCUAAUGUUGAUCCAUCAUUUAAUCAAAAUGAUUUAUGUGCUGAUGUUUAUGAUUUAAGUAAUAUUCCUGUCGUAAUAUCAUCUGUAAAUAUAUGA